AUGGCGAUAAAUCAACACGAAUCUGAACCUCCGCCAUCAAUGGCUGCUUCCUUCAUGUCUGAAAGAACCGCAUUGCUCGGGAAAGCAAAGAAUAGGAGGGAGGAGCCUGGAUUCAUGACAAGAGUGGAUUACCUGCUGGUAAUGCCUGCUCUACUGUCAAAUACAUUGCUGGCUGCAUUUGAAAGUACUAUAGCGGCCUCUACACAAUCAUCCAUUGGAGCUGAGUUUCACGCAAGUGAUAAUAUCGCUUGGGUAGCGACCUCAUAUCUGAUCGUGUCGACUGCUUUGUCGCCGCUGUAUGGUAGAGCAUCGGAUCUUUUUGGAAGAACUCGGGUUUACCUGUUCGCUGUAGCCGUUUUCACUAUUGGUUGUCUGACAUGUGGUCUAAGUAAAUCGUUAGGCCAGAUGAUAGCUGCACGAGUAAUUUGUGGUAUCGGUGGAGCCGGAUUGAUCACCGGUGCCCAAGCUGUCACAUGGGAUAUACUACCAUAUCGGUAUAGACCUUUGUACCAGGCCUUCAAUAAUACCAUCUUCGGACUGGGAGGUGCACUAGGGGCAAGUCUGGGAGGGUUCUUGGCCGACUCCGUAGGCUGGAGAGCAGCAUAUUUCAUACCGGUCCCUCUUGGUCUAUUUGCUAUAACGAUCUUUCUAGCAAAAGUUCGUCCAAAAUUGCAGCAACUCAAAGCCGGAGAGAAAACAAAGAUACAAGCGGGAGAUAUUGAUUAUCUCGGAAGUGCUCUGCUUAUGGCUGGCAUCACACUCCUCCUCGUCGUCGUAAACCUCGGCGGUCACGAGAUACCCUGGAGAAGUCCAUUGAUACCGAUCUUUCUGAUAGGAGUCAUUCUCAGUACACUCUGGUUCUUUAGACAUGAGAAGACCGCUCCUUUACCAGUAUUACCAUUGAAGCUGUUGGCGGAUAGACAUAUGGCUAGUCUGGUGCUAUUCAACUUCUUCGCGUCCAUGGCUAUCUUUGCCUCGCUCUAUCUCAUCCCGCUCUUCUUCCAAUCUACUCUUCUUACCAGUGCUUCAGUCGCUUCUCGUCGAUUAUUAUAUCCUACCCUGUCAGCUCCAAUUGGGUCCGUAUUGACUGGCAUCUUCCUACAUCGAAAUCGAGAUAAGGCGUACAUAACCCAGAGGCUAGGAGCUUUCAUCUUGUUUAGUGGUACUCUAGCACUUCUUGCGCUGAGCUUUCAGGAUAAUAGCAGAAAAGGAGAGUUUCACUUUGGUAUACACCUAAUCUGGAUACACCUUGGUAUGGGUAUUGGAUUCAUUUCGAGUUUGAUGAAUAUUCUAGAUAUGGCUGGAUCGGAACAUGCCUCUGCGAGCUCAAUGGUAUUCUUGAUUCGUUCUCUAGGUGGAGUUAUAGGCAUCGCUGGAUCUCAAGCUGUUUUCCAACACGUAUUGCUUCGUCAGCUUACCAUCAACAUCACUGGACCACAUUCGAAACGACUUAUCCGAUCCAUACGAGAAUCACUUUCUUAUAUCCUUCAACUAGAUCCAGAUCAUCAGCACGCCGCGAUCCACGCUUAUGUAGUAGCUAGUAGAGCUGCAUUUACCACCUUAACCGUUGUAGCAGGGAUAGGUUUGCUCUCACUGCUACUUGGAAUAGGUGCGGUUAAAACACAUCCUAUCGUAGACGUUCUAGAUAGUGAGGAUAGUGAAGAUCGACCAAUAACCCGUCCUCCUUUAUCUCAAGGAAUACCGACUUUGGAAUAG